AUGGCCGAUGGGAGUGCCAUCGAAGCAGCCUCUGUGGUGGCCAUCAAGAACGGCACCCUCUACUCGGAUGUCAUUGGCUAUGCAAGGGAAGCACGUGCGAAAGGCUUGAAAGUCCCGUUGCUUCUCAUGGGAUACUACAAUUCCUUUUUGGCCGCCGGCGUCGAAGAGACCUGCAAGGAGUGCUCCGAGGCAGGCAUUGACGGUUUCAUCGUGGUGGACCUUCCCGUCGAAGAAUCCUGGAGGAUCAUGGCACCUUCUGCUGCCAAGCACAACUUGAGCCUGGUGCCUUUAGCCUCCCCCACCAGUGGGGCUGAACGCAUCCAGCAGGUGGCGGAAGCCGCCAUCACGCCGAUCCCUGGCAUGGUCUAUGUGGUCUCGCUGCUGGGCGUCACCGGGACUCGAGAAGGCGAAGAGGCCAAAGCCAAGGCCGUUGGGGCCAUUCGGCUCAAGGAAUGUGAGGGCGUGGUGCAGUCUGUGACCCAGCUGCAUACCAAGAAUGUGCGCGAUGCUGCCAAGAAGCUCCUCACAUCGAUUGGUUGGGCGUUUCAUGGAGUUUCGGGGAGUCAACGCGGUUGUGACAACGAUGACUUGGUGCGUUGGCUGGGGGCUGAACUCCCUGUCGUGGUGGGCUUUGGUAUCUCAGAGCGAAAGCACGUGGAGGAGUUUGGUGCCUUUGCGGAUGGCUGCGUGGUGGGCUCCAAGAUCAUCCAGGAGCUGGGAAAAGGCGGCGUGGCAGCCGCCGGUGCUUUGGUGAAGAAGCUCAGUGGUGGACCAUUGAGCAGCACCAGCUCCAAAGAGGUGGAGCCUCCGGCGAAGCGUCAACGGACAGCCGCCGAUUUGGAGCAGCAGAGGAAGAAGCAUGCGGACAAGUGGAACUUUGGAAGCAGCGUUUUUGGCGGCCGCUUUAUUCCAGAGACCUUGAUGGUGGCACACCACGAACUGGAAGAAGCAUGGGCCAAGUGGAAGGUCGAUCCAGCCUUCAAAGCGGAGCUGGCGCGUCUGCGACGGGACUUCAUCGGAGGCCCCACGCCGCUGUACCACGCCAAACGGCUCACAGACUUCAUCGGCGGGGCACAGAUCUGGUUCAAGCGAGAGGAGCUCGCACACACCGGCGCCCACAAGAUCAACAAUGCCAUCGGCCAGGCGGACCGCACUGUAGCAACUCUGGCUGAGAUGCAUGAAGAUGCAGCGAAGAGGCUGAUCAACACUGCCUUGCUGACUGAGUCCUCCAACAAGUCAGCGGUGCUAGUUUUUAUUGAUUAUAUCAACUACAUCCAAGGACACAAUGAGCAGCUCCGGAAUGUCAAGGCAGAGACCGGUGCGGGGCAGCACGGCGUGGCCACUGCCGCGGCUUGUGCUCUCUUGGACUUGGAGUGUAUUGUCUACAUGGGGGAAAUCGACACGGAGCGGCAGAAGUUGAACUGCUUUCGCAUGCGCGAGUUGGGUGCCACAGUCGUGCCAGUGAAGAGCGGCAGCCGAACGCUGAAGGAUGCCGUGAACGAGGCCUUGAGGGAUUGGGUCACCAACAUCCGCACGACGCACUACAUCAUCGGCAGCGCCGUCGGGCCGCAUCCUUUCCCGGACAUUGUGCGUGACCUUCAAGCUGUGAUAGGGAACGAGGCAAGAGCUCAGAUGUUGAAUCAGACGACGGGUGAGUUUGGACACCCCACCUUUACCAACGGCCCUGGACGGCUGCCCGAUUUGGUGGUGGCCUGUGUGGGUGGCGGUUCCAACGCUAUCGGCAUGUUCAACGCCUUCUUGGGAGACAAGGAGGUACGGAUCAUUGGUGUCGAGGCUGGUGGCGAACAUGGCCCGUGGCUUCCAGAUGGCACCGAGACUGACAAGCACUCCGCCACCCUGACGAAGGGCACCGUGGGUGUUCUUCAUGGAUCCCGGACCUACCUGUUGCAGUCUCCCGACGGUCAGAUCAAGGAAACGCAUUCCAUUUCCGCCGGCCUCGACUAUCCGGGCGUGGGCCCUCAACACGCCUCCUUGAAGGCGUGCGGUCGAGUCGAGUACGUUUUUGCCACGGACCAGCAAGCCUUAGAUGCCAUGCGCCUGGUCUCCAGGAAGGAAGGCAUCGUGCCUGCGCUCGAGCCAAGCCAUGCCUUGCAUCAGACGAUGGAAUUGGCCAAGUCCUUGCCAAAGGACAAGAUUGUGCUGGUCAACCUUUGUGGCAGAGGUGACAAGGACAUGCUCCAUGUGGCCAAAGCCCGUGGCGUGAACAUUGACACCGACGUGAAGCUGAACAAGACCGAUUUUGCCCAGCAAUGA